CGCAUUCCUGACGCCGAGCCCUAAACGCUCCUACUCUCUCCUCGGUCCUCUCCCACCCGCCUCUCCCUUUCCCAUCUCCCUCCGCCUUCCCCCAACCCUCAGAGAUGGCCUCGACCUGCUUCCGCGCCGCCGCCCGCGCCGCCACUGCGGCCUGCCGGUCGGCGGCCUCCCGCUCCAUGCCCUCCGUCGGCCGCUCCGCCGCCCGCCGCGCCCCGUUAAUCUCCAGGGCGCCGCUGGAGCUGGGGUGCUGCGCGGUAAUGUCGCUGCUGCCGCUACACAGCGCGGUGGCCGCGGCGAGGCUGACUUCGCGGCUGAGCACGGCGUCCCGGAGCUCCUCCGCUCUCUCUCAGGGUAUCCUCUGUCGCACCUAUCCCGGACUUUAACAAUCGUACCAUCGAUGAAGCUGUUGUCUGUCUUUUCGGUUUGGAGAUGGGUCUAUCUGCUCCAAGGUGAUAAAACGCGGGAAGACCUGCUCGUGUCGUGCAAUCAGUCUGAUAGAAUUUUGUAGAGUAGUGAACUAAAUGAACUUCUGUGGUAAUUUAUUUGGUAACACGGACAAUCGUGGUUCUGUUGGGCCUUUCCAAGUUUGAGAUCAUAUCUUUUAUCUUGAUAUAAACAUGCAAGGACAAAUUGCAGAGUGAUGGCUGUGUUUGUUAACAACAGUUCUGAAUGCCAUUUAUAUGGUAAUGAUCGAUGAGAAAUGAGUUUAAUAAUGUAG